AUGCACGUCUCCGACGCUGUCCAGUCGCCGCUGCUGUCCCCGAACGCGCCCUCCGACGCCGCCGUCUUUGUUGGCUUUCUGGCGGCCGACUCCACCAGGCAGCAGCCACUAUGCGGUGAUCCGGAGGGAUGGGGGCCAGUGAGCCGCUAUCGCUGGGACCUGACGAGCUGUUUCCUCGACGUGUGGAUAACCACGGUUGCCGUCCUGUUCGGAAUCCUGGGUGGCGGCGCGGCGGUGUACUACCUCCUGCGCAAAUGCGCCCCGCAGCCUGUGCGGAGGAAUUGGCACUUCUACGCAAAGCUGUCCAUCAUCGUCGGGCUUAUUGCUACCCACGCCCUGCAGGCCGGUCUGCAGAUCGAAUACUACAAGCACAUCUGGGCCGGUGAUUUCAGGUUCUGGACCACCAUCGUUACCAUCGUCUCGUUCGGCGUCAUUUUCUAUAUCCAGUACCUCGAACACUACCGGUCGCGCAACCCCAACGGCGUUGUUCUGUUCUAUUGGCUGCUUCUGCUCCUCGCCUACGCCGUCAAGCUCCGCUCGCUCAUUUCCCAGAACCUGUACAGGACGCACCAGGCAUACUUCGUAACGUUUUGCGUGAGCGUCGGGCUGGCAUUGACCGAGUUCGUUCUCGAAUGGUUGGUUCCGAAGCAGCUCAGCGCGUACGAUGCGCUCGGCGACGAAGACGAAUGCCCGUUUGAAUAUGCCGACAUCUUCUCUGUCCUUACCUUUAGCUGGAUGACGCCCAUGAUGAAGUAUGGGUACAAGAACUUCCUGACGCAGGACGAUCUUUGGAAUCUAAGGAAGCGGGACACCACGGAGGCAACCGUGGAGAGGUUCACGGAGGUCUGGCAUCACGAGCUAGAGAAGAAGAAGCAUCCUUCUCUGUGGAUCGCUAUGGGCAGGGCUUUUGGCGCGCCCUAUUUUCGAGGCUCUCUCAUCAAGUGUGGCAGCGAUAUCCUAGCAUUCGUUCAGCCGCAGCUCCUUCGUCUGCUGAUUAGGUUUGUCGAUUCCUAUCGGAGAGACGACCCAGAACCUCCCAUCCGCGGUGCAGCUAUUGCGAUUGCAAUGUUUGCCGUGUCCGUCUCCCAGACGGCCUGUCUCCACCAGUACUUCCAAAGGGCCUUUGAGACCGGUAUGCGUGUCAAAUCUUCGCUCACUGCCGCAAUCUAUGCCAAGGCCCUAUGCCUCUCAAACGAGGGACGAGCGGCCAAGUCCACCGGAGACAUUGUAAACUACAUGGCUGUGGACACUCAGCGUCUUCAAGAUUUGACACAAUUCGGCAUCCAGCUCUGGUCCGCCCCUUUUCAAAUCACCCUCUGUAUGCUCUCCCUCUACAACCUCGUCGGGCUGAGUAUGCUGGCCGGUGUCGGCGCCAUGAUCAUAAUGAUUCCUGUCAAUGGUUUCAUCGCUCGCAUCAUGAAGUCCCUGCAGAAGAAGCAGAUGAAGAACAAAGAUGCUAGGACUAGGCUGAUGACCGAAAUCUUGAACAACAUGAAGUCCAUCAAGCUGUACGCGUGGACCACAGCUUUCUUGAACAAGCUCAACUUUAUCCGUAACGAUCAGGAGCUCAAGACUCUCAGGAAGAUCGGAGCUGCCCAGGCGUUCGCCAACUUUACUUGGUCAACGACUCCUUUCCUGGUCUCUUGCUCUACUUUCGCUGUGUUUGUCCUGACGAACGACCAGCCGCUGACCACCGAAAUCGUUUUCCCGGCCCUGACGCUUUUCAACCUGUUGACAUUCCCUCUCUCGAUUCUCCCCAUGGUCAUUACCUCCAUCAUCGAAGCUAGUGUCGCCGUCGCUCGUCUCACCAGCUAUUUGCUGGCCGAAGAGCUUCAGGAGGAUGCGGUCCUUCAUGAGCCUCCGGUAGAAGAAGAUGGAGAAGAGAGUGUCCGAAUCCGGGAUGGAACUUUCACCUGGAACAAGUCAGAGUCGAAGCUCGCUCUUGAGGAGAUCAACUUCACAGCUAGAAGAGGUGAACUCACCUGUGUGGUUGGUCGUGUUGGAGCUGGUAAAUCCUCUUUGCUGCAAUCCAUGCUCGGCGACCUCUGGAAGCUCAAGGGUAUCGUUGUGGUGAAGGGGAAAACUGCGUAUGUGGCACAGCAGCCGUGGGUUAUGAACGCGUCUGUCAGAGAAAACAUCGUCUUCGGUUACCGCUGGGACCCGCAUUUCUAUGACCGGACUGUCAAGGCUUGUGCGCUCAUUGACGACUUCGCAUCCCUUCCUGACGGCGAUCAGACGGAAGUUGGAGAGCGCGGCAUCUCACUUUCUGGAGGCCAGAAGGCGCGUCUGACGCUGGCCAGAGCUGUCUACGCUCGAGCUGAUAUCUACCUUCUUGAUGAUGUCCUUUCUGCCGUGGACCAGCACGUCGGCAGGCAUAUUAUUAAUAAUGUGCUUGGACCGAACGGUCUGCUCGCGAGUCGAACCCGUAUCCUGGCUACCAAUUCGAUCCCUGUCCUCAUGGAGGCGAACUACGUCCACCUCCUGCGCCACGGGAAGAUCGUCGAGCACGGCACGUACGAGCAGCUAAUGGCAAUGAAGGGAGAAAUCUCCAACCUCAUUCGCACGGCUCACAACGAGGAAUCCGAGGACGAGGGUGAGAUUGGAAGCAGCGACGAAUCCGGAACCGUGUAUGGCAUUACCUCAGGAUCAGACGAGCAACUCGAGACGGAGGAGGCGCAGGAGGCUGUCGGGCAGCUGGCGCCAAUCCGGCCGGCUGGCGGCACGGGCCGCAAGCAUACUGGUCUCGAGCUGCGUCGUGCUAGCACUGCAAGCUUCCGCGGCCCUCGUGGCAAGCUUACGGACGAAGAAGGAGCGGGCCUGAAGAGCAAGCAGACAAAGGAGUUUUCGGAACAAGGCAAGGUCAAAUGGAGUGUCUACGCGGAGUACGCGAAGACCAGCAACCUGAUCGCAGUCGCCAUCUACAUCCUCACGCUCGUCGGCGCACAAACGGCUCAAAUUGGUGGUAGUGUUUGGCUGAAGCAGUGGUCCGAGAUGAACGCUAAGUAUGGUGGCAACCGCAACGUGGGCAAGUACAUCGGCAUCUACUUUGCUUUCGGGUUUGGCUCCGCUGCACUUGUAGUCAUUCAGACCCUCAUUCUGUGGAUCUUCUGCUCCAUCGAGGCAUCCCGCAAGUUGCAUGAGAGGAUGGCUUUCGCAAUCUUCAGAUCGCCAAUGAGCUUCUUCGAGACGACGCCGGCAGGUCGUAUCCUGAAUCGGUUUUCCAGUGACAUCUAUCGCGUGGACGAGGUUCUGGCGCGCACAUUCAACAUGCUUUUCGUCAAUUCAGCAAGAGCUGCGUUUACGCUUGCGGUCAUUUCGGCGACGGUGCCCAUCUUCAUUGUAUUGAUCGUCCCGCUCGGGGCACUGUACCUGUACAUCCAGCGGUACUACCUGCGCACGUCGCGAGAGCUUAAGCGCCUGGACAGCGUCAGCAAAAGCCCCAUCUACGCGCACUUCCAAGAGUCGCUCAGUGGCAUCUCCACAAUCCGUGCUUACCGGCAGCAAGGCCGCUUCGCGCAGGAAAAUGAGUGGCGCGUGGACGCCAAUCUGCGGGCCUACUUCCCCUCCAUCAAUGCGAACCGCUGGCUGGCGGUCCGGCUCGAGUUCAUUGGCUCGGUCAUCAUCCUGGCAUCCGCAAGCUUUGCCAUCGUCUCCGUGACGACAGGCAGCGGGCUGUCGGCGGGCUGGGUGGGUUUGGCCAUGUCUUACGCGCUGCAGAUCACCCAAUCUCUUAACUGGAUUGUCCGGCAGACGGUCGAGGUUGAGACCAAUAUCGUCUCUGUGGAACGUGUGUUGGAGUACGCUCGCUUGCCGAGCGAGGCGCCCGAGAUCAUUUCUAAGAAUAGGCCGCCGAUCGCGUGGCCGUCCAACGGUGCGGUGAAGUUCAACGACUUCAGCACCAGAUACAGGCCCGGUCUGGACCUGGUGCUGAAAAAUAUCAACCUGGACAUCAAGGCACGGGAGAAGAUUGGCGUGGUCGGUCGCACAGGGGCAGGGAAGAGUUCGCUGACCCUUGCCCUCUUCCGUAUCAUUGAGCCGACAGACGGCUGCGUGAGCAUCGAUGAGCUAAACACAAGCACAAUCGGCCUGCUCGAUCUGCGGCGCCGUCUCGCCAUCAUCCCGCAAGACGCAGCGCUGUUCGAGGGCACGGUCCGCGACAACCUGGAUCCGGGCCACGUCCACGAUGACACGGAGCUGUGGAGCGCGUUGGAUCACGCGCGGCUCAAGGAGCAUGUCGCGAGCAUGACUGGCAGACUGGACGCGCAGAUCAACGAGGGAGGGUCGAAUCUCAGCCAGGGCCAGAGGCAGCUGGUGUCCCUGGCGCGCGCGUUGCUUGCCCCGAGCAAUAUCCUGGUGCUGGACGAGGCAACGGCGGCGGUCGACGUCGAGACGGACGCAAUGCUCCAGACGACGCUGCGGAGUCCCGUUUUCAGCAACCGGACAAUUAUCACGAUCGCGCACCGGAUCAACACGAUCCUCGAUUCGGACCGCAUCGUGGUGCUCGACAAGGGUGAGGUGGCCGAGUUCGACACGCCGGCGGAGCUGGUGCGGCGCAAGGGUCUUUUCUACGAGCUGGUCAAGGAGGCAAAUCUGUUGGGCGCGGUGGAGACGGUCACACCGCAGUGA